AUGAGUACCACGCAGAAGCCUCCAGGGGACGUCCCGAGGCACCAGGUGCCUAAUAGAGCUGGGCUUGAGCCACCAACCGGCCCGUCAAAGUUAGGAUCAACACAUGGAACUCCCUCCUCGGCCGGAAGGCAAGGGAAAGCAUUGAAAGCUCCUCAGAGGUUACAGGAAGGGGCACAAAUUCUGGCCCAAGAACCAACGAAGCCCAGUAGAGCAACUCAGCAAGACGAUAUCCAUCCUACGGCCUCAGUUCCCAAGGAAGCUGCUCCCAAGGAGGCGACAAAGCACCCAGGGAUGGAGCCCCUUGAACAUAAGAAGCCUCGCAAAAUGGAUCCUGAACUCAAGCCACCCCCCCUGACUCUCCAAAAGGGAAAAAGGCUUGCUCAAGAGACUGCUCCCUCGGGGCCACAAGCUCAAACAGACUCGGCUGUUCCAAGAAAACCUAUCCAAAACCUCACCGUCAAUGUUCCGCAGCCACGAGGUGACUCCAGCGGUCUGCCACCACGUCCUCUUCCUAAAGUCCCGGUGUCUCCCCUAUCAACAUCGAAGCAAGUAAGCCAUCAAGAGCAGCAGUCAACUCUGGCUUCAUCUGGUCCGUUUAUGCCAGGGUCUCUCCCUCCACACCAACAGGCGGCACCUAAGCAACCUCCUCUAGACACUAUGAAAGAUAGAGCAGAGAGUCCCUCAGUGAGAAGGAAACCGAUCAAACCGCUUUCUGAGGGACAGAGUUCACUCGAUAGCAAACAACCCCAGCUGCCGCAGGUCGGUAAAAGAGUAGCCAAGAGAGGUCAACGACAGCGCGAAGAACAGCCAGAUCAUGAGAUACAGCCGAAGCAGACACAUCAACCUCCGAAUAAGCUUGCUCCUUCAACCAAGCCUGAUGCGAACAGAGGGCGUCCUCGAGGAUCUGUAAAAAGAGAUACGAAAGUUGAGGUCGCUGAGCAAAUCCCUGGCAACAGUCGAUUGAAAGUCCCCCAAUCCUCUCGCAAACCCGAACCACGAACAACAUUACCUUCAGAAGCUGGGAAUGGCCCGGACUUGACACAGGUUCCCAUGCCAAAUCCCCAGAGAAGAGAAGACCCAACGCCCAAAAACAUGCUUUCGAAUGAGACAAGAUCCGCUCAAGAUCCCAGACCGCAAGCUACGCAACCCAAAAAGGAAACUAACAAUGUUCAGUCGGAUGAUCCAAAGAAAUCCGAGUCUAGCCGAUCAAGACGUCCCCCGAGGGCUGUCACUGUGGAGGAUGAGGCAGCAGAGAGAGUUCAUGCCGCUUCUUUGGAUAGGACAGAUUACAACCACGCUGAUCGAAAGGCAUAUCCUGGAAGGUCGCAGGUUGAUGUCCUCCUCCGAGAUGUGAAGCCAGCUAAAAGUCAGGCUCAUUUGGAUGUAGGAUCGCGAACUGAUCAGCCAAAACAACAACUAGAGGUCUCUCGAGCGGAUGAGCCAGGGAGACCAGAAGCAAGGCCAGCUCCCCCAAGAGUACCUGCUGUGAAGAUAAAAGACGAGACAGGAUAUCAAGCAACCUCUAUGGGCAGCGCGGAGCGCAAUCGUUCUAACCGAAGGCUGCCAUCUGGGAGUCCGAGAGUCAACUUUAUUGCCGGGGAUAUGAAAACCGAAGAGAGUCAAGCCAUCACAGAUACUCGACCUUCAACAUCACAGAUGAAACAUCAGGCCGACAAUAUUCACCCCAAGGAGCCGAGGAGUGAAGAGCCAAGACGGCACAACCCGAGGGUUCAAUCGCUGGACGAGGAGAAGCCAGACAAGUCCCGAACAGCCACCGAGAACAGAGAAGACCAUAGCCAUUUCAACCAAAUGGCGCAACCUGGGAACUUACAGCCAAAUGCUUCAAUCGAAGAUUCGAUACCCAUGAAGAGUCCAGCCCACAGAUAUCAGCAACCAUCCGUCAGCCGUCAACGACGAGUUGAGCCAGGUCCUUCUCACCUGCAAGUUCCUCAACAAAAAGACCUCUCCGAUGAGACCGGAUCUCAGGUCGGAGAAGAGAUCGAAUACCACAUCUCCUCCAAUCUCGAUUCUCUCGCGCCCUUCUCCUUCAAGGUCAAGCAAAACUACAGCCAGCCCCCCAAGACCACCACCUUCAAGAUCAAACACAGUCUCGCCAACAAGUCCGCCACGCCCCCCUCCCCCAGCAUUGCCAGCGAGUCGAGCACGAAGCCCCUGAACACGAAGAGACGUGGGAUGGGAACUGAGAGGGGGUACGCCAGCGACUCAUCCGACCCCGAACAGGGUAGGGGAAAUUUUGGGCAUGGCAGUGGCAACGGGACUCAGACGCCAUACCUGAAUAUGAUUAUGUCUCUUGACCGCAUCCCUCGCCUGCAUAAUAUCCUGGCAGUAGUCUUCGUCUGGCUCCUUUUACUAGGUUUUGUCCUCUUCCCCGGGUCAUUCACACGCACCGAGCGUCAACCCUCCGUCUCAUCUGAGCAACCUCCUAACAACAACAAUGAAGGCACGACAAUCAGGGUAGGGCAGAUCACCGUCAACGUACCCCUCUCUCUUGCCCAGAGAGUUGCCCUCGUCCUAGCGAGCGUUUUCAUUCUCACUGGCGUCUUCGGCACCGCCUGGCUGGCUCUACGCUGGAGGAGAAAUUACAUCUGGCUACUGAACAAACUUUACCUUCCUCUGAUUUUGAAUGGGCUCACGGGGCUUGGAGCGACGUUGAUAGCGGUGUAUGCCCAGCAUAAUGGGGAGUGGUGUCCGCAAGCGAUUGCGGUUGCUUCGGUGGAGGGCGUUGUGGUUGUCGUGAGUGGGGGGUUGUUUGGGGGGUAUAAUUGGUGUUUGAUGGAUAGGGUGAGAGGUUUUGAGGAGGUGAAGGAAGAGAAGAGGGAGAAGAGAAGGAAGGAGAGAGGGGGGAGGAGGAGGAGGGUGGGGUUGUGGGGGAGGUUGAGGGGGGUAAGGAGGAAGAGGAGUGUUGCGCCGGGCAGUGUGGUAUAG